CUGCGCUCUUCUCCAUCGCACUGCUGGGGCCGUUGGGGGAGCAGGUGAUCAGCAUCUUUAUUUAGAGUCGCAGCCUGGGUCAUGUGACCGCAAAAUGGUGGAGGCAGGGGGAUGCUGAGAGAGACAGAGAGAACGACGGAGAGAGACAGAGAGCACGACUGAGAGAAAGGCAGAGAGAACCGAGUCAGCAUCACAUGCUCUGAAACCAGGGGAGGAAAAGGCAAAGGAGCGCUGAUUUUGGUCUUUAAAGCGGACUGCUCUGGAUGAUGUUGCGAUGGAUGUCCCUCAUGAAGAUGGCAUGAUGAGUCCUGAUGAGGCAGAGAGCAGGCCAGCUCCCCCUUCUUCUCUGGAGCUCCAUGGCGCCCACCCCCAGAGGAAGAAGCUCUCGGCACCAGAGAUAAACCUGUCCCUGGACCAGAGUGAGGGCUCCAUCCUUUCCGAUGAUGCCCUGGACACACCCGAUGACCUGGACAUCAACGUGGACGAGCUGGACACGCCCGAUGAGGCUGACUCACUCGAGUACACCGGCCAUAACACUGAGCUAGAAUGGGAGGAAUCUCAGGCAGCCAGUCAGGAAGUGCCCAGGGAGUCCAGGGAGGCUAUCCCAGAAUACAGUGCAGAGGAAGAGAGGCAGGACACACGACUGUGGCGGACUGUCAUCAUCGGCGAGCAGGAACAUCGUAUCGACAUGAGGAGCAUCGAACCCUACCAGAAGGUCAUCUCACAUGGAGGUUACUAUGGAGACCUCAAUGCCAUCAUCGUCUUUGCCGCAUGCUUCCUUCCCGACAGUAGCCGAGAUGAUUAUCAUUACGUCAUGGAGAACCUCUUCUUGUAUGUGAUCAGCACACUGGAGCUGAUGGUGGCAGAGGACUACAUGAUUGUGUACCUGAAUGGAGCCACACCCCGAAGGAGGAUGCCGGGACUGGGCUGGCUGAAGAAGUGCUACCACAUGAUAGACAGGAGACUCAGGAAGAAUUUGAAAUCCUUCAUCAUCGUUCACCCCUCCUGGUUUAUCAGAACCAUCCUGGCUGUGACCAGACCCUUUAUCAGUUCGAAAUUCAGCAGUAAGAUUAAGUAUGUGAACAGUCUGGCAGAGCUGCGGGAACUCAUUCCUAUGGAGUAUGUGCAUAUUCCUGACAGCAUCGUCAAGUACGAAGACCAAAGGGGUAUUAAACGAUUUGCAUGCAUGAGACUGGACGAAGAGCUGAAGGAGGCAGCAGAGACUGCUAAAUACAGCAGCUUUCUGAAUGGAACAGAGCCCAAACCCCCCUCCCCGCAAAUUGAUCAGACAGUCAACGGGAGCAGCUCUUAGGGGUGGUUCUCAGAACGGUGCAGCUCCACCUUCAUCUGGAGACCUGACAGCAUACUAACAGUCUUAAAUUCCCAGCAUUCUGUAGCUUAUUCCGGUAAAGUAGAUUGCAAAAAAGUAGAAAUAAAUUCAUACCAUGCGUGUGCUAACUUUAUGGAGUAAUAAUAAAUCGAUGGCAGUGCAUCAGCUUGACUGUUAAACAGCUUCCUUUUUCCUAUACUCACUUUCCUUUCUUACCGUUACAACUUGCAGACUGACGCAGAUGAUCAAGCCUUAACCAAUUACUAGAAAAGAAUUUCCAUCAGGAAACAACUCAUAGUGCAUGUUUUUGUCUUUCUUCAAAUGUUAGGAGCUCCAUGAUGUACAAAAGAUUAAAAAACACAAUAGCUUUGUUCUUUUCUGCAAUUAAUAACACCUCAUUUAGAGAAUGUGAACAUAUAUCACUUAAAGAUGUGCUGACCAACUUCUUUGGGAGAGACUGUUUGAGAGGGAAAUGCACUACAGUUGUCUGUCAUGGAUCAUAUUGCUGCAGUAUGGUAUAAAACAGCUUUGCACAUGCAGUACCAGCCACAAGUUUGGACACCUGAUUAAGAUAACGGAAACAUGCAUUCAAAGACAUUAUGAUCUAAAGGCUUUCCCUUAAAACAGAAAAUGUGGAAAACUAUGAGUAGAUGGGUCCAAACUUUUGACUGGUACAGUAUGUGUCAUGGAUAUUUAGAACUUGUUUGUAGAAACAGAAAUCAGUCAGUGAAUGGUCAGGUUGACCUAAUGAUGCACUCACGCAACCAGUUAGUUUCAGUGCAAUGCAAGUUGUUUGAAAGGACCAUGAUAAGCAUGCAAGGUGUCAUGAAAACUGAGUUAUGUGAUAAAAAGACAUUCAUAAAUGUGUUAUCGGUGUCUCACUAACUUGAAUCAAUCAUAGCUUCCUUGGGGGUUGAUGGUUUAGGGCACAUGAAGGCCCCACCAUGUACUGGUCCCUGCAUUUCUGCAUGCCACACAUAGGAAGUAGAUUAUUUAUCACAGGUUACCUAGAGAUGGUAACCUUAGAGACAAAUCACAUCGAUCUUCUUAUCUGGAUUGAUGGAACUAACGAAAAGUGCACACUUCACAGAGGAGUUCCUCUUUAUUUAAACCCUUUGAAAGUUUCCUCAUAUGCUGUAAAGAAAUGUUCUUCUUCACUCUAAUGCAAUAAGUUGUAUGACUAAAUUAACUAUUCUAUCUAAUCUAACUAUCCUGUA